AUGAACCACACAUACACACACGGACACACGGAUAAAGCCUUUUUGUUGUCGUUGUCGUUGUCGUUGUGUGCAAGUGGUGAACCAAUGGCCAGUCCACGUCAAUCCAAUACUGACGACCUUCCUGACCACAUCCCAAUCGAUGCGGCCAUGGUCCCUCAAACCGACCCUUACAAACAAUCCCAUAGGAUCAAGUCUCCCACUGCUGCUGCUGUCCUGGAGCAAAACGCCCAUUCUUCUUCCCACGACCUCUCUCAACAUAGUCUAUCACCAGAGAAAUUAGGUGUGACCGGUUAUGUUAGGGAUGUGGCCGGAUUUGUCAAGGAUGCUGCCUACCAAGUAAUUGACCAUGUUGAACACUCCAAGAAAACCCCAAUCCAUGGUUCAGAAAAGCCAUUAUCACCAUCAACAGGAGCAAUAGAGCAUGAUAACAACUAUUCUUCUCAAAAUAUUCCAAUUCCUGAUUCACACAAAAAAGAUCACCAACACACUACUUCUCUUUCACCUUUGCACACCCAGCCAAGAUCCCCUCUGGCCGAUGCUGUCACUGGUCUGUUCCCUGGCAUAGAUGAACACGGUCACGGCUGUCAACACGCAGACACUCUCCGUCGAGAAAUGCGCACUCAACAUAAUGGAACCAUUCAACCAAGAAUGGGUGGACUCUCUCCAUAAUUUUCUAUUUUUUCUUUAAAAAAAAUAAAACUUUUUAUAUGUAUCUAUAUGCAAUAGUACUAGUAGU